AAGACAGGGUUUUUGCUCUUUUAAAAUGUCUGCGGAGUCGGAUACUGUAGAGCGCCUCAAUAGUUACGUUAAGCUUAAUGUCGGUGGAUGCUUGUUCUAUACCACUAUUGGGACGCUUCUGCGCGGUGGCACAAUGCUUACUUGCAAUGUUUAGUGGUCGAAUGGAAGUUAAAACUGAUGAUGACGGUUAGGCUCUGUCAAUUGCGAUGUUCUCUUCAUUGGAGCUUUCUUGUGAAAUCUUGACUCGUGCUAAAGAACACUUGAGCUACACUAAAAGACCUAAUAAUCCUAUAGAGGUGGAUAAUUCACAAAUCAAAUCACUAAUGGCGAUACAUAGUAUUUUCAAUAACCACCAAAUCGAUAUUGAAAAUAUCGAAGUGAUUCAGGUGAGAGGCUUAAUUUUUCUGCCCUCAACAGGAAAGAAGGCCUAACUAUUCAUCCAACUUGUACUUUUUUCCCGAACAACCAUGUUUCUAUACACUCAACAUUUUAACUUCACUACUUCAUACUACAAAUUAUGCACUUUCUAUACCCAGCAUCAUAAAUACAGUGACGUCUCAUACAGAGUCACCUUGACCAGAAAUAACAUGACAUUGAUAUGGCUGGGUACUUAUUGACCGUAGUGGCAAACAUUUUGGGACGAUCUUGAACUAUAUUCGAGAUGGUUCAGCCCCUCUGCCAGAAAAUAGGAAAGAGUUAGAAGAACUAGCUAUGGAAGCCAAAUAUUUCUGCGUUAAAGGUUUAUGUUUAGCAUGUGAAGAGGCGCUUGGUCGUUUGACAAAUUACGAAGACCUUCAAAAUCGUGCAACCAUUAUUAUCGUCAAAUGUCCUAAUGCAGCAAAAUCUUUGCUUUCUACUACCCAUAAGCCUGUUGUUAAACUUACAAUGAACCGGUAUAAUAACGUAUUUUCAUACACAAGUAAUUCACACGACAAUCUCUUGCGCAAUAUUGAAUGUCUGGAGAAAUAUGCUCUUAUGUUUCCUGCUACUGUGUUAUUCGUGAAGGAUGUUCGUGAUAAAAGUGAGCAGAAUGAGAUCUGUGAAUGGAGCUAUUACUGUCGGGGUCAUCGUUUGAAAAGUAUAGACUGUAUAGCUAUUCAUUACUCAUCAGAAAAGCGUCUUAUAAAGGUAGAAUUCCCAGAAUCACGUAUUCAUGAGGAAAUGCUCUCACUACUUUCAGUCGCAAGCCGAAAUUUAAGUGAUGCAGAACUUUUGGAAAUUGCCAUGCGGAAGGCGAAUUGUGUUUCAGGUUCAGCUAGUGGUGCGUUAGUCAGUUACUCUGUUCCCGGGACUACUAGCAACUCGCAGCAGGAAACAGACGAUCAAGAUUUAGAUCAAUCCUCCACCAAUACCACAACGACAGGAAGCCUUUUGAGCACUUCAAUACCACCUGCACGACCAGCUACCGCAACUGGUCUUCUAGACAACCAUGGGAAUCCACUUAGUGCUGGGAGUUCUCGGAGUUCGUUCGGAGCAUCAGUUCGCCUUGGGAGGCGCUAAUAUUUGCUCAUUACCUACUCAUUUCAAAUUGUAAAGCGCCAAAAAUGACUGCAGAUGACAAUCAACAAUAUAUAUCAUUUUUAUUUUAUCGCUAUGUGCGAGAAAACCAUUGGCUUACCUACUUAUUGCAUUACAACUUUGCUGCGUUUAUGUACACACACUUCUAGGUAAUCGAAUAAACCGGAAUUCCCGGUAAAGUGCAAUACAUGAAUGAGAAAUAUUCAGUAACCAGUGCAUAAUUUAUGCGACAAAAUACAUCAGGAAUCAAAAUGUGAUAUUGUUUUUUCUUAUUUAUGAUUUGUUCAAAAAUGAAACCUAAAGCUGGAAAAUUGUUUUUCUCAUUAAAGAUAAACACAUCAAAUUGGGACACCUUAUGUUACGCCUUCUUUAUUCUGUUAAAGUUAUGCAUCUAUCCGAUUUUCCUAUAAAUUACUCGAGUGAACUGUGCCAGCACGUUAAGGUACAGGCUAUACUCCAAUGAAAUCACUAUGUAUUGAGCAUUUUUACAGAAAAAUGCUACUAAUCAUAACUAUUGUAACUGUACAAGAUCUCCUUUACCCAACAAACGAUAAAUUGUAAUUACCAAAAAUAAAGAUUUUUCACAGAAAAA